CAGGCCUUUUCGUUUGGCGGCAGCCAUCAGGUGAGCCGAGAUGGGCGCUUACAAGUACAUCCAGGAGCUAUGGAGGAAGAAGCAGUCCGAUGUCAUGCGCUUUCUUCUCAGGGUGCGCUGCUGGCAAUACCGCCAGCUCUCAGCGCUGCACAGGGCCCCCCGCCCCACCCGGCCCGAUAAGGCGCACCGGCUGGGAUACAAGGCCAAGCAAGUUUAUGUCGUAUACCGCAUUCGUGUGCACCGUGGUGGCCGCAAACGCCCCGUUCCUAAGGGUGCUACCUACGGCAAGCCUGUCCACCAUGGUGUUAACCAGCUAAAGUUUGCUCGGAGCCUUCAGUCUGUCGCCGAGGAGCGAGCUGGACGCCACUGUGGGGCUCUGCGGGUCCUGAAUUCUUACUGGGUUGGUGAAGAUUCUACAUACAAAUUCUUUGAGGUUAUCCUCAUUGAUCCAUUCCAUAAAGCUAUCAGAAGAAAUCCUGACACCCAGUGGAUCACCAAACCAGUCCACAAGCACAGGGAGAUGCGAGGGCUGACAUCCGCAGGCCGAAAGAGCCGUGGGCUUGGAAAGGGCCACAAGUUCCACCACACUAUUGGUGGUUCUCGCCGUGCAGCUUGGAGAAGGCGCAAUACUCUCCAGCUCCACCGUUACCGCUGAUAUAAGUAAUGUUUGUAAAAUUCUUACCUAAUAAACAAUUUAGAACAUUCAUGUCUGCUUAAAAGUGGUUUUUAAUUUGUCUGUUAAAACUAGUCUGCAGAUUGUUUCAUGAAUGCAUUGUCAAAUUAUGAAAGUUAAAAGUGCAAUAAUGUUUAAAGACUAAGUGAUGGUGUAUCUUGUUUCUAAUGAGAAAUGCUUUUGUCUUUGCUUUAUCUUAUUAGGGAGUUUAUAUGUCAGUGUGCAAAAUGCUGUUUGCUACAAUAGAUGUAAAAUAAAUUCUGUUAAAGAGGAAGUGCAGAAAUUAGCCCUGUAGAUUUGUUGGUGCAUGUGAUGAAACCUACAGCUUUAUUGGGGUGAUGCAAUGCUCUGCUGGUUUACUCUAAAGUGGCUGUCUUACGGAGUUUGGCAAAGACAAACUUUAAAUUGGAUUUUCCUUGGAAAUGUGAAAGGUGUCCUGAUCCUUUAUCAUAUGUGGAAAAAGUUCACUAAGGGCCCACAUUUUUAGAUGUCAUCUACUAUUUCAUUUAUGUAACUGCCACUUCUGAGAGGAGAAAAGAAAGAAUGCCACCAUUUUUAAGAUAAUUGAGUAAACCUGUUCCAAGAGAGUUCUCAUCAAAAUCUGGUUAAAUUGCCUUGCCCUCCGUGGUACCAUUGAUCACAUGAAAGGUGGAAGCUCCUGGUUCAAUCUCAUAAAUAAUUGGGAUCUCUAGAAUAUUGAAUUUCAUGCAAAGUAGUAAUGAUAUUUACACUGCUAUGUAUUAAAACUGAUGAAAAUUGAACAUUAGGUGAGAAGGGAAUUACUAGCCUUAAGGUUUGUAAACUGUAAUGCUAGGAUUGGGAAAUUGGUAUUCGUUGAUAACUUUUGAUUGUGGGAGGAUAGAAAAACCUAGAUCAAAAACUUAAAUGUUUUAUCUGUAAUAUUACUUUGUGACCAUUUUGAACCCUCUAAGCUAUCUUAGAGGGGAAAAUAUGGUUGGUUUUGUUUAAAAGUAACAUUGCUAAGUCUAAUCAAGUGUCAUCUUGGGUCGAGCCACUUUAUCCAUUCCCAUAAGGCUAUUGAGAAAAGUCAUGUAGUUGGUGUCAAUACAAGUUCAUGGUUUCCAA